AUGUCUUUCGCCCGCGCCUCAAUCGGCCUAAUUGCCCUGGCGGCUUCCGUCUCGGCCAGUAUCAAGACUUGCUCCAACAACAACACUUUCAGUUGCCAAAGUUCUUCCAAGGCUGGCACUUGUUGCUACAAUUACCCCGGUGGUGCACUCUUGCAAACCCAGUUCUGGGACACCGAUCCAGUCACAGGACCGACUGAUUCGUGGACUAUCCACGGUCUGUGGCCUGAUAACUGCGAUGGCACCUACGAGUCCAACUGUGAUAGCUCUCGCGCCUAUACCAACAUCACCGACAUCCUGAAGGCGCAGGAUCGCACCGACCUACUCUCCUAUAUGGAUGACUACUGGGUCGACAUCGAUGGCGACAACGAGUCCUUCUGGGAGCACGAGUGGGGAAAGCAUGGCACUUGUAUCAACACCAUCGACGUUGACUGCUAUUCCAACUACUCGCCGCAGGAGGAGGUCGGCGACUUUUUCCAGAAGACCGUCGAUCUCUUUAAGGGUCUGGAUACCUACAAGGCCCUUUCCGAUGCUGGCAUCACCCCUGAUGAGUCCAAGACCUACACUCUGAGCGAGAUUCAGGCUGCUCUGAGCAAGCUGCACGGCGCCGAGGUCUAUGUCAGCUGUUCCAGCGGCAAGUUGAACCAAGCCUGGUAUUUCUUCAAUGUCCAGGGCAAUGCCAUUACUGGAAAAUACCAGGCUGUUGAUACGCUCACCACGGCGAGCUGCCCCAGCAGCGGCAUCAAGUACGUGCCCAAGAGCAGCUAA